GAUGUGAUGGAGCUUCCCAACUACAGCCGGCAGCUGCUGCAGCAGCUGUACACGCUGUGUAAGGAGCAGCAGUUCUGUGAUUGCACCAUCUCCAUCGGCUCCAUUUACUUCAGGGCACACAAGCUGGUCCUGGCUGCUGCCAGCCUCCUCUUCAAAACGCUGCUGGACAGCACAGACACCAUCUCCAUCGAUGCCUCUGUGGUGAGCCCUGAGGAGUUUGCCCUCUUGCUAGAAAUGAUGUACACUGGCAGACUCCCUGUGGGCAAGCACAACUUCUCCAAAAUCAUCUCUUUAGCUGACAGCCUUCAGAUGUUUGAUGUAGCUGUCAGCUGUAAAAAUCUUCUCACCAACCUUGUGAACUGCUCCGUGCAGGGUCAGACUAUGAGAGAUGUUGCUGUGCCAGCACCAGAGUCAGUCAAGAAGGAAGCUGAGAAACUGCAAGUAGAAAUCGUUUCCUCUGAGAGUUCUGGAGAGCCUUGUGUUUCCCAUGAGGGUCCUGCCCUUCCAGGAGGCUUUGGGAAAGCAGACCCACAGGAGGCCACCCAGAUGGUCACACAAGAUUCUUCCACCACCCAGGAGAUGCAAAGGAGCGCAGGAACGUCAGUGGAGACUCCCAGUGCAGUGGAAGUUUGUCCUUCUUCCCCUGCUAUACAGACCUUUAGUGAGACCACAGAGGCAGGCACAGAACCAGAACAUGAGAGAAAACAAUACCAGCUGGAUUUUCUUCUGGAAAAUGAAAGUACCUUCUCAGAUGCACUCUCCGUUACCCAGGAUGUUUUCAAAAGACUAGAGAAUUGUUCAAAAAUUAAAGGCCCACAGAAGGAGAUAAUGAUGAAAUGUCUUGAGACUAAAGAAGGACAUUCAGCAUUCCAGAGAAUCCUGAGUAAAGUAAGAGAUGAGAGCUUGGAUGUCCAGACUGUUGUAUCCCUGUUGAGGCUGUACCAAGAUUCUAAUCCUGCAGUAAAAACAGCCCUAUUCGGUCGAAAGCUGCAAGAUGGAAGAGCAGUGCAGCCAAAAGGGAGCAGAGAGGAGGGAAAGACCUUGUCUCUUCUGUUACUUGAACACAAAGAGGACCUGAUACAGUGUGUAACACAGCUGAGACCUAUGGUGGAGCUCCUGGAAACAGCCAAGGAAGAAUUCCUGACUGGUGCUGAGAAGAGGGUGAUUCUCAAUUGCUGCGAGGGUGGAACACCCAAGGAGACAAUAGAAAAUUUGUUGCACAAAGUGACUAAAGAGAAGACCCUGACUGCUGAGAGUUUGGUAAAACUCCUUCAAGCUAUGAGGACAACAUUCCCAAACUUGAGCCUUCUGCUGGAGAAUUUGCAGAAAUUAGCCACUUUGCCAAGCACCCCAGUUCAGACAAACACUGAGGAUUAUGGGAUUGAACUACUGAGACGGUAUCACGAAAACCUCUCUGAGCUUUUCACAGACAACCAGAUGUUACUAAGGGUGAUCUCCCACACGAAGAGGUUAGCCCCUGGAGAAAGAGAGGUCAUGGAGAAGCUUGUGAAACGUGACACCAGCCCAGGAGGUCUCAGUUCCCUGAUCUCAGCAGUUCUGGAAAUGCAGUCUCUCUCUGCGACAGCCAUUUGGCAACUGCUGUUGGGAGCUCAGGAGACAAAGACCUGCCCACUGAACCUGCUCCUGGAGGAAAUCCGGAGGGAGCCUGGUGCCGACGCGUUCUUCCGGGCAGUGACCGCACGAGAAAGUGCUGCCUUAGAAACAAUCCUGAGACAUAAGAGCUUGGUCCUAGAGGCUAUCCAGCCGAAGCUUGACCAGAAGUGCUUCAGCUCAGAGGAGGAACACCUGGCAGACACUGUGAAAGAGAUUCUGAGCAUUUCCUCUGAGACAGCCAGCCCUGAAGCUUCCCUGAGAGCAAUGCUGAGCAGAACCAUGGAAAAAUCCAUCUCAGCCAUUGAGAUCUGUCAUCUCCUAUGCAGCGCCCACAAAUCGUUUCCAGGCCUACAGCCCGUUAUGCAGGAGUUAGCAUAUGCUGGUUUCCUCACGAAGGAAGAGGGGCAGAAGGAAAUGUGGAAGGUGAGCAGUAAAGUUCACCUUGAAGCCAGCAAUAAAGCAGAUGAGAAGGCAGUUGAGCCAGCUGAAGGAGACAGCCAGUCUGGAAAACAGAACGAUGAAGGAGAUACCGGAUCUCUGGCCGAACAGGAGAAGGACACUUCUGCCUCCCCAGACUCUGCCAAGAAGAACUUCGUCUGCAAGGCUUGUGACAAGAGCUUCCAUUUCUACUGCCGCCUCAAGGUGCACAUGAAGCGCUGCCGCGUGGCCAAGAGCAGACAGGUGCAGUGUGAGGAGUGCAACGAGACCACGGAUUCUAGGAAAGAGCUGGAGAAACACCAGCUGGAUGCCCAUGGUGCCAGUGCCAGUGCUGGCUCCGGUUCUGGAGAGCCUGACGCCCCCAAGAAGAAGAAGAAGAGGCUCCCAGUGACAUGCGACCUCUGUGGCAGAGAAUUUGCACAUGCCUCAGGCAUGCAGUACCACAAGCUGACAGAGCACUUUGAUGAGAAGCCUUUCUCCUGUGAAGAGUGUGGGGCAAAAUUCGCGGCCAAUUCUACCCUGAAGAAUCACCUUCGCCUUCACACCGGGGACCGCCCAUUCAUGUGCAAGCACUGCCUCAUGACCUUCACCCAGGCCUCGGCCCUGGCCUACCACACCAAGAAGAAGCACUCGGAAGGGAAAAUGUAUGCAUGUCAGUACUGCGACGCUGUGUUUGCCCAGUCCAUCGAGCUGUCUCGCCAUGUGAGGACCCACACCGGGGACAAGCCAUAUGUCUGCAGGGACUGUGGCAAGGGCUUCCGACAGGCCAACGGCCUCUCUAUCCACCUGCACACCUUUCACAACAUAGAAGAUCCCUAUGAUUGCAAGAAAUGCAGGAUGAGUUUCCCCACUCUCCAGGACCACCGGAAGCACAUCCACGAGGUGCACUCCAAGGAGUACCACCCCUGCCCCACGUGCGGGAAGAUCUUCAGCGCGCCCUCCAUGCUGGAGCGCCACAUGGUGACUCAUGUUGGUGGGAAGCCCUUCAGCUGCGGGAUCUGCAACAAGGCCUACCAGCAAUUGUCUGGUUUGUGGUACCACAACCGGACCCACCACCCUGACGUCUUUGCUGCGCAGAACCAUCGAUCUUCCAAGUUCUCAUCGCUCCAGUGUAGCUCCUGUGACAAGACCUUUCCCAACACCAUUGAACACAAGAAGCACAUCAAAGCAGAGCACACAGAUGUGAAGUUCCAUGAAUGUGACAAGUGCAAAGAGCUCUUCCCGACGCCAGCUUUGCUGCAGGUGCACAUCAAGUGCCAGCAUUCAGGGUCCCAGCCGUUCAGGUGCUUGUACUGCACGGCCACCUUCCGCUUCCCUGGGGCCCUGCAGCACCACGUCACCACUGAGCACUUCAAGCAGUCAGAGAACACCUUCCCCUGUGAGCUCUGUGGGGAGCUCUUCACCGCCCAGACCCAGCUUGAUAGUCACUUGGAAUCUGAACACCCAAAGGCGGUGGGCUCCGAAGCCCAGGCAGCAGCCUCACAGGUGGUGCAGGUGAUUCAAACUCCGGAGCCGGGGGCCCCGGCGGAACAGCUCAUCACGCUGGAGGAGACCCAGCUCACGGGCUCUGAAGUGUUUGUGACGUUGCCAGAUUCCCAGACAGCUCAGACCAGCUCUGAGCUCGUGGCAGUGACUGUGGAGGAUUUGCUGGACGGAACCGUGACCCUGAUCUAUGGCGAGGCAAAGUGA